GUUAAAUUGGAAAAGGACAUUUAUUGUAAAGUUCAUUUCAAAAUGAAGACUCUUAUCAUUUUUCUUGUGACCAUCGUUGUGGCCCAGGCUGAAAUUGACUGGAGUAAAGUCACCGCAAACCAUGUAGGACCAGGAUUGAAAAAUGAUGUUGCAAGUCAAUCUAGAAGUGGAACUCUAAAGAUAGUCGGUGGUGACGAAUCAGUUCCUCAUUCAAGACCAUAUCAGGUUGGUAUUCUUAUUACAAUGGAAAACGGUGUAUCAUUCUGCGGAGGUUCUCUCAUCGGUCUUCGAACUGUUUUGACAGCAGCUCACUGUGUUCACAAUAUUACUGGUGGUCUCGAAGUAAUACUUGGUGCACACUUUAUUAAUAGUAGAACUGAAAAAACUCAAGUAAGAUAUAACACAUCAGAUGUCAGAAUUCACCCCAAUUGGGAUCUAGAUCGUCUUCAGAAUGAUGUGGCUCUAGUCUACCUUCCAGAAAAUGUAACAUUAAAUGAAAAUAUUCAAUUAGUUGAACUACCUGAAGUUGGAUCUAACGCAUUAUAUACCGGAGAAGAAGCUAUCGUCACCGGAUGGGGUAAGGACUCUGAUGAUAUCGAUUCGCUAUCACCGGUACUUAGAGAAGUUACUAUUCCAGUAAUCGAUAAUGAGCCAUGCAAUACCCGUUAUUUGGGAGCCAUUGUUGAUAGUCACUUAUGCGCUGAUGGCAUUAGUGGCAAAUCAAGUUGUGCCGGAGACACCGGUGGUCCUCUUGUUUUUGACGGAGUUCAAAUUGGUAUUGUAUCAUUUGAAAUAAUUUUGGGAUGUGAAGUUGGAUGGCCAUCAGUAUAUGCUCGUGUAACUUACUACAAUGACUGGAUUCGUCAAUACCUAAAAUAAAAGUUAUGGAUUUAAAUAUAAUUGUCUUAAGCUGUAAAUAAACGUAUUUUUAAAUAA